UUGUGUUCUCUGCUUAUAACAAUCAAAGAACAUCUGUACAAGUAUUCUUUGUUGACAAUCAUAUUCUCUUGCUAACAGCUGAUUAUGAACUGUCAAUGCAUAACAGCACCAAAAGUAAGAGAAAACACAAUAUAGAAGCGAAUCAAUUUGUGAUAAAAGCAUAAUUUUGUUGAAACAAAAUCUUGCAAAAAUAGUGUACAAAAAUUAUGAGCGGUAACAUACAUGGCAUUGGUUGGUUUCCAAAUUUUUCUACAAAAUUCGUAGCAUGGGGCCAAGAAAUCGGUUUGUAUGAAGUUUGCGGAAAAGAAAACGCCUCUUCAAGAAGUCGUCUACACAAUAUACCAGCAACAUUUUUAGCAACAGAAGUACGUUAUCAGUAUGCGCGUUGUGUGCAACCUUCUUAUCAUCGUGAUCGACCUAUAAUUGCAGUGGGUUUGAGUGAUGGAAAAAUUGGCAUAAGUAAUUUUUAUGAUGCAAUUGAUAGCAGUUGGGAAUAUACUCCUCGUCAGCAACGUAUGUGUCUUUGUUUGGCUUGGAAUGAGACAGAGCCCAAUAUAUUAGCAAUUGGACAUGAUCGACAUCGUUCCGAUUCGUGCAUAACGAUUUGGGAUAUUGAACGUGGCUUACCAAAAGAUACAGCGAAUUUUUUUGGCGUGUCAGAGUCUGCACAUUCAAUUUGUUGGGAUAAAAACUAUCGAUUACUAAUAGCUGGCAUGAGCCAAAAACAUAUUAAAAUGUUUGAUUUAAGACAGGCUAAUGCCGCUAGCCAAUAUGUGCAAACAAAAACAGUACAUGGGCUAUCGGUAGCUCCAAAUGGAAACUAUUUAUGCAGUUACGUGGAUUCACUUAUAAUGUUAUGGGAUUUGCGGGCAAUUGAUCGUCCCCUUAAACAGAUACAAUCUGCAAAAAACCACUUACAGCUAAGUUGGUGUCCAACAAGAACAAGUUUUCUUUCUUCAUUGCAACGUGAAUCACCUUUCAUGACUUUAUAUGAUGUACGAUCCGUUGAUGUAGAAAAAAGUCGUGAAGUUUAUCAUGUAAAGAAACAAUUAUUACCAUUUAGUAAUAAACUUCAAUCGUCUAUAAAGGGGUAUUCCCUAUCCUGCUUGUCCUGGCAUCCAACUGAUUUUGAACGUGCCUUAGUAUUAUCUGAAGCUGGUAACAUUUUGGACUUCAAGCUACCAGUCUCCAUAUUAACUGCCUACAGCAAUCACAAAAAAUUACCACUUCUAUUGCAACGCCCAUUAUCCGCACCAAAUACUCCAAUACGUAGUAAUUUAUUAAAUGAAAAACAAAGUAUUGGAACAAAUCCUGCCUUAAAUUUUGAUAUAAUAGAUACGGAUCUACUUGAGCGGGAUCUCGUUGAUAUGACACGACAACGUGCGUUACGUGACUAUGGUCUAAAGAUUGAAGUCAAGCGUUUUAAUGAUCUUGAUAACUAUUUAAAAAAUGUUUGGCUUAGUCUUAACAACUUGUAUCGUGAUGAAUGCUUAACAGGACUAAAGUCAAUAUUAGGUAUUAGUUUGAGCUAUCAAUCGGAUCCCUUGUCAACAUCCCGAAUUGAAUCACAUGUGUUACAAUGGCCAGAAUUCAUCAAUAAUUCGAAUAGUUUAGUUUGUUAUCGAAGCGAACAACGAGAUUUAGCCAUUAAACUUUGUGGCUGGUCUACAGAACAGGAUUUUGAAAGCUAUAUAACCUCACUGUGUGAUAAUAAGGAAUACAGUCGCGCAGCAAUGAUAAGUGUUUUUCAUUUAAAAAUUCUUUCCGCUUGUGAUAUUUUAUCAAAGACUGCAGAUAUUUUACGCGAUCCCAGCAUGUUUCGAAUUGCUGCUAUAGCCUUAUCCAGUUUUAAUGCGGAUCGUUGUAGUUCGACAUGGCGUAACCAACGUUCAAAUGCAAACAUGCAAAUACAGGAUGCACAUCUACGUGCAAUAUUUUCUUUCCUUACAAUAGAAAAUGAUAGUUUCGAUGCUGUUUUGACUGAAGAAGGUGUAUCACUAGCAGAUCGGAUCGCAUUUGCCUGUAAAUAUUUAUCUGAAAGCAAACUUUCUGAGUUCGUUAAACAGCAAAUACAGAAAUCAAUAGAAAGGGGUGAUUUAAAUGGUUUGCUAUUAACUGGAGAGUCUCUAGAUGGUAUUAAUAUAUUACAAGCUUAUUUGGAUAGGACAUUUGAUGUACAAACAGUGGCUUUAAUUGCAAUUAAUUACUUUCAUAAAGAAUAUUUUAAUAGUAAAUCAAUUCAAUUUUGGAUUUCCAGCUAUUUGGAUUGCUUGAACUCAUGGGGAUUUUGGGAGAAACGUGCAGAGUUAGAAAUAAAAAUUGAAAAUGCCCGCUCAACAAGUCGUACAGCACGCACUGUUUUUCUUUCAUGUAAUUUUUGUGGUAAAUCUGUUUCGAAUGCGCUGCAGGAUGAUAACCGCGUACGUACUGCUUCAACAAAUGUAAAUAAGUUAUCAUCCUGUCCUAAUUGCCGUAAGCCUCUGCCUCGCUGUUCAUUGUGCCUUCUUCAUAUGGGUACCAUGUUAAACAACUUUUCACCUAUUGAGAAUGGAACUGAAAAUAUUGGGUGGCAAUCAAAACCAUUUUCGAAAUGGUUUUCUUGGUGUCAAACUUGUAGACAUGGCGGUCAUACAGAACAUAUUAUGCAGUGGUUCAAACAAAAUGCUGAAUGCCCAGUUUCUUCGUGCUCCUGCAGGUGCUUCGACAUGGAUACAAUUGUACAAAAUAAUCAUUGUCAGGAAAUAUAAGCCAUACAUUUUUAUCUUCUUAAGAAUUAA